AUGGAAAACGAUGAGUACGAACGUUUCGAAAUAACAGACUACGAUCUGGCCAACGAGUUCAAUCCCAACCGUGGACGGCGUCGGCCAACGAAGAACCAGCAAAUUUACGGCAUUUGGGCUGAUGACUCAGAAAAUGAGUACGGAGACGACGAUACUUCGGCUGGAGUUGGUCGGAAGCGGACCAGUAAGAAGCCGAAAGACUACACGGCACCGAUCGGAUUCAUUGCCGGCGGUAUUCAGCAAUCGGGCAAGAAACCGGAAGCCAAGAAACAGCAACACACCGGCGAAGACGAGGAUGGCGAAGAAGAAAGCGACGACGAAGAAGGGACGGCUAGACCGCAGUUCGAUCGGAAGGCCAGCAGCAGCACGUCGGAAUCCGAGUCGGACUCGGCCGAGAAACCAUCUCACAACGAUCUCCGGUCAAUGGCCGGCUUUCGCAGUUUCAGCAAACCGGGGCCAACGACGGGCAAAGGCGUUGGCAACUGGGAACAACACACUCGGGGCAUCGGAGCAAAGUUGCUCCUGCAGAUGGGCUAUCAGCCCGGCAGAGGAUUGGGCAAGGAUCUGCAGGGCAUAUCGGCACCAGUCGAGGCCCACCUGCGCAAAGGGCGCGGAGCGAUCGGUGCCUAUGGACCGGAAAAGAAAACCACCGUAGCCGACGCUAAACAACAAAAAGCGCCCAAACACGACGAACAGAAGGGCGCCGAAAAAGCGGACGAGGGCCAACAGUGGCGUAAAGCAAAGGAGGGAAAACUUGGCAAGAACCGUUACUUUUACAAAACGGUUGAAGAUGUGAUCGAAAAGGGCAAAAAGACGACGACGGCAACUUAUGCUCCUUUCGAGAAAUCGUCCAAGCUGAGUCAAGUGACGGUGAUCGAUAUGACGGGACCGGAAAAGCGGGUUCUUAGCGGCUAUCACGCACUCGGUCAGGCGAGGGUGGCGGAUGAAGAGCUGUACGACGACGCGAAAGUAAGCGACAAGCCGACCGUUAAAACCACGCACUUUGCACUGCCGGAACUCAUGCACAACCUUGCGCUGAUGGUGCAGCACUGUGAGCAGGACAUAAUAACGAUCGAUAAGCAAAAGUGUGAAACGAAGGACCGCGAGGAGCAGCUGGCGCAGGAGAAAGAAAAUCUCAUCCGAAUCAGCGACCUUGAAAAAGAUUACCUGCAAACCCUCGAGGAGGCACUCGAACUGGUCCGUUCCCUUGUCGAGCCGGCGGAAGGCGCAAAUCUCGAACUGGAAGAAUGCGAGAAGCGUUUCGUCCGGCUCUGCGCCAAUUAUCCGGCCGAGUGCGCUGAGUUUGGGUUGUCCGAUUUGGCGGCGGGAGUCGUAGCGCCUCUCAUUGCCGCUCGUCUAAAAGACUGGGCUCCGUUUAGCGAUCCGACGCGUCACGUAGAACUGUUCAAACGCUGGCGUUCGAUUCUGGGCGCUACCAGUGCGGACGUAUCAUGUAGUUUGCUCGAUCCUUAUUCGGCCGUCGUUUGGACCGGUGUCAUUCCCAGCAUACGGACGGCGGCAAACGAGUGGGAUCCCCGUCGUCCAACGCCCAUGAUCGCACUGUUGGAUGCCUGGGCCCCAGUUCUGCCCGCGUGGAUUCUCGAUAACGUGCUGGAGCAGAUCGUACUGACCAAACUGUCGGCGGCCGUCGUCGAGUGGGAUCCCCUCACCGACACGGUGCCCAUUCACAGCUGGAUUCAUCCAUGGGUCGAUCUGCUAGGGACAAAACUGGAGGGUGCGGUGUACACUAUGAUACGGGAAAAGUUAUCGCGCGCCCUGAAAGCCUGGCAUCCAGAAGAUCGUUCUGCUCGCGCCAUGAUAACGCCCUGGAAAGGUGUGUUCUCCGAGGAAGACUUGCAGGUGUUCCUGACGAAAAAUAUAAUCCCAAAGCUGGAGCUGCGUUUGACAGAGGUCAUCGUAAAUCCACUCCAACAGGAUUUGGAGAUGUUCAACCAGGUGUGGGAAUGGCACGAACUCAUUUCACCGCUUCAGAUGGCCAACAUGCUCGACAAAUACUUCUUUCCAAAGUGGUUGCAGACGCUUGUAAUCUGGUUGAAUCAGGCCCCCAACUUUGACCACGUGUCCCGGUGGUAUCAGGGCUGGAAAUCGCAGUUCACCGAUGAUGUCGUUAGGCAAACGAACGUCAAAGAGAGCUUCCGCAAAGCACUGGAACUCAUGCAACGUUCUAUCGGUGCGGCCAGUGGUGGAAUUGCCGAUGGUCAAGAGCUACCACCCGCAGCUUCGAUGGCGCCAAUACCACCUCCACCCAAACCUCCAACCCUACUAGACGUGGAUGCUACUCCAGCGCUGGAAUUCAAAGAACUCGUCUCGCAGAAAUGCGCAGAACGGGGCAUUAUCUUUGCACCGAUGCCGGGACGGCGCGAGCUGGGAAAGCAAGUGUAUCGCGUUGGGAAGCUGUUUUGCUACAUCGACCGCUCCGUGUGCAUCGUAAGUUUGGACGGUGGCGUCAACUGGACCCCAAUAUCUCUGACGACGUUACUGGAACGGGCCGUUACUGGUUGA